UUUCUUACUCUAUUCAGUUCUCUUCUUGUGUCAAAGAUGCAGGUUGUUGGUGGUCGACAAACACUUUGGAUAUACACCCUGAUUUUCACUUCUCUUCAAAUUUGGGGAAGACUUUUGGCCUCCACUUCCUCUCCCUCACUUCCGGCACCGAAACUCGACAUCUAUUUGAGGUCAAGGGGCUCCGUGGUUCUGCUCUGCCGGGCCCCAGAGGGCCAGCGAUCGCUUCACUUCAGGUUGUACAGAUCCAGAGAACAGGUGGACUCUCAGGAGCUGCAGAACAGUUCUGAGGAGGUUCAGUUCACAGUGAGCCUCAGGGACGGGGAUCCAGCCCAGCUCUUCUGCUGUCUGUACAAGGACCAGGGUGGUCACUACAGCGCAUUCAGUCCCUAUUUGGAGCUAAAGUCAGAAGAUGCAGGCCCCACUCACUCCAUACCCUCCCUCCCUACUCCGGUCCUGUCUGUGACUCCCUCUGCAGACGAGGUGAAACGUGGGGACAUGCUGUCCUUCAGCUGCUCGGUGCCUCUAAUGUCCCAGUCCCAGGUCAACCAGCCGGUGACCUUCCUGUUGCUGAGGGCGGCCCAGCGAACAGGGGCCCCAUCUGUUCUCCAUCAGCCUCAGGCCAGUCAGGUAUCAAACCCUGAACCGCAGCCAGGAGUGUUCAGUGUGGGGCCGGUGAGGGAGGGAGAGCAGGGCGAGUACACCUGCCUCUACCAGGUCACCCAGAGAAGAGGAGUGGUCAAUUCAACCGUCAGCAACAUGAUCGCUAUUGAAGUUGCGUUGCCAGCUCCCACCCUCAUCCUGCAGCAGCAGACGGACGUGUGGCACUUGCUCUGCACCGGCUCUGCUGCGUACCCCGGCGCUCGGUUCUCCCUCUACCUGGCUGAUAACGAACAUCCUGUCGACACUCACCAAGCCACGCCGAUCCAGCACCAGGUCACCUUCCCAGUUCCUGUCCAGGACUCUCUGGUGGCUUUGUACGAGUGCCAGUACGAGGUCCACCUGAUAGGGAAGUGGAGCAGCUCUAAGCGCAGCCUGUCUUUACCUGUAGCCAGAGGACUUCCUCCACCAGAUGUGUCUGCUGUGGACUGGCCUCUGGUCAUGGGUAUUUUCUCUGCUGUGGUUUUGUUCCUCUGCUCGGUGGUACUCGUGGUUGUGGUGGCACACAGGAGAGUAAAAGCAGCAGCCGAGGAAAAGAAGAAAAGACAGGAAGCACAGUUCUGGACUCAAGUUCAUGCUAAGGACCAUGUUGUUGACCUUACACUCAGGCGUACAAGCUUAGCCUCUCAGGAAUGGGCCAGUGUGGACACACCUACAGAGACAGCAUCCAGAUCCCCUUUAUGGAACUCACUCUCCACGUUCACAACCCCAAUCCAUCCCAUCCAUUAGAGAUGUUUGUUUUCUCUCUCUCCCUCUCUGUUUAUACUUUAUUUGAGUUUAUCAAUGUAGCAUCAGUUGGAGUUACACAGCAGGACAGGAAGGACUAUUUCCUCAGUUCCUGUUUCAUGUGUAGCAGUAAAAUUGUACAAUUUGACAGGAUAUGAUGUUUGUUUGAUCUUACAUGUAACUGAGCCAGUGAAUCUAAAUACAGAUAUUAUUAUUAUUAUUAUUUUUAUUAUUAUUAUUAUUAUUAAGUUUGGAAUCUGUGUUGUGAAUAAUUUGCCUUAAGUUUACCUUUUAGAGACAUUUACAGGGGCAAAAUAAAAAAUAUAUUAUACUAUGUAAUAUUGUAAAAAAAAAAAUAUA